AUGCCGGCGUCAAUACAAGCCGAGCCCAACGCCGAGCCAGUCGAAAUCAGUCCCGUCGGCCCCGUCAAAGAAAAACUCCAACUCGUCGAAGAUGAUGUCGACAACGAUGGAGAGGCAGCUCAAAAGAAUGCGCUAAAAGAACUCGAACUCCAUGAUACGAUGGUCGCCGCUGCCGCUCCGGCGUACCAGCCUGCUCACAUGUUCGGCGGCCUUGGCUACACUCAAGAAAUUGUGGACCUUGAGGUCACCGCUGGUAUGGAAAUUACGCUGCCAAAUUGUGACGGGACACAGAAUAUGUACCGAGGCCCCGUUCGAAUUUCUAUGCCCGUAUCUCCGGGUAUGCCUCUUCCAAUUGCACCUCCCAUCGGCUAUCAAGUAUACAUGAGACUGGACACGGAUCCCAACACGGGACACAUGAUCAAGAUCCAGCACGCGAUGCCGAUGCAGCAUGUUUCACACGAAGCUGCACCUCCAUAUGUCCACAACGGCAAUUCCUACCAGCCCGUUUACAACCAUGACAUCGCCACUAUCAACGAGCAGAAUAAAGUCACCGCCAAAGAACAGAUGAACAAAUCGCUCGCUCCUUCGAAAGGAGCAGAAACAGACGAAGAAAAGAAGAACAUAAAAAGCACACUUUCCAAAAUCGAUUCACCAAGAAUCGUCAAGCUUUCGCACAACUGGGCGAUUAUCAAAUGGAACAAAGUUCGCUCCGAUGAAAAGUCAGAUUUAAACGAAGAGAACCUGUCAUAUAUUCUUGAAAUUCGAAACACCACGAGCGCCCAGGACGAUGCCUGGAAGCUGGUCUAUCAGGGCCUCAAGCUCGAGUACGAAGUCGCCAAGCUCAUUCCUGAAAACAACUACCUAUCCCGUGUCAAGGCCCGAUACCUGAACAUUGAAGGAGACCCAAGUCAAGUGCAGAACUUCAGAACAGAAGCAAUCAGCAAAAACAAUAUUGACAAUAGAGAAAAGUCACCUGACAUUCACCGACCACACAAGCGUGGAAAAGGAGACUACGAACCAAAGUCACGAAGAUCGCGAGCAAGUGCACCAGACAAUCUCAAAGCAAAGAAAACUUCUUCGACCUCGAUUGACGUUUCUUGGUCGCCGAUGGCGGGUGUGACCAAGUAUAUCCUGCAGAUGAAGCAAAUCACACACAGAUACCACGACGAUGAAUCUUUCAAAACUGCCUACGAAGGUCAAGAGACUCACUACUCCUUUCGAGAGCUCAAAAAAGCUGCAAGAUACCGUUUCCGUGUAGCAGGAUUGACAAAGGACGGCCAAUCCGACUUCUGUAAACCUUGCGACGAAAGCACUGGACAAGACCCUCCCACACAGCCCAGCAGGCCGAUCCGAACGCGCCUCGAGAAGAAUACCAACAUCUCAGAAGAGAAGAGUCGCGCACGCCCGUUAUAUAAUGUUACGCUGGAGUGGAAGGCGCCUAAAGAAACAGGUGGCAGCUCUAUUACUGAAUUCCGAGUUCAACAGCGAUAUGCUAAUCAGAAUCAAUCUGCUUGGGAGUUGAAAUACAAAGGCAAUGAAACCAGCCAUGUCUUUACAGAUCUCCUUCCCGGCUCCAAAAUUGAAUACCGCGUCCAAGCCGUAAACCAACACGGCAUGGCUUCGGUCUGGUCCCUCCCCGAAAUGAUCAACACGCCUCCCGGAAGACCACUAGCUCCGAAAAAGAUCGACGUGACCAAUAUUGGCACGGAUUCCUGCUCUUUGAGCUGGUCGGUCGGGCUGUGCGUGGCGGGUGGAAGCGUUUCUCGCUAUGAAAUUCGACUCACUGAAGUUGGAUAUUACGAUCACAAGACAGAAAGUGCCCCUGUCGAAGCUGAUGAUUCUGAUGAUCGUGUACAGUUCAAAGAUGGUCUUCGAUCCGCUAGAGAAGCAACCCUGGAGAACCUACUCUCUGGAAGGACGUACAAGGUCCACUUGAGGACGGUGAAUUCCGGCUCUGAGGAAAGUGAAUGGAACUCGACAGAAUUCCAGACCCUCGCGGAUGUUCCCUCAGUUCCCGAAAGCCCCUCGGUGACCUCUGUACAAUCGGACGCAGUCGCGAUCGAGUGGAGAGAGCCAGUCGCCAAUGGCUCUCCGAUAACAGGAUAUUAUGUCCAGAUCAGAAGCGAAGGCAAGACGCUGUCAUUGAACGUCAACUCGACCAAAUUGGAGCGUACCGGGCUCGCUGCUAACACUCAUUUCGUAUUCAAAGUUGCCGCUAUAAAUUCUGUUGGUCAAUCUGGAUUUUCCUCUCCAUGUUCUGUAAAAACAAACGCAUCAAUUCCUCACGUUCCAAAGCUUUCUGUUUCGCUGAUGCCAACUUCUACCCCAAUUGUUCGUCAGUGGGCGCUUCUGCAGUGGCCCAAGCCGCAAGAUCAGGGCUCCAAAAUAACAUCAUACACAGUUGAAUACAAAAUGUCCUCCGAGGAGCGAUGCUCAACGGUGGUAUCUGGGGAUGACGAUAGAGUCGAAAUUGAUGAUCUCAUGCCCGAGGAAACUUAUCGAUUCAGGAUAAGAGCUGUCAACGACAGGGGUCCGAGUCCGUGGUCAGAUUGGAUACAUGUAAAAACGAAGCCUCUUCCUCCGACAGCGCCUGUCCUAACUCUCCUCGAAGUUCAUCCCACCUCUGUCAAACUCCAAUGGACAGAUUCAAACAACAAAUACAUGCUCCAACGUCACUCAAAAGGCUCGUGGAAGGUGAUCUACAGGGGCGAAAAGAGCUACAACAAAAUAUCCAAGUUGACGGAAGGCACGAGCUAUCGGUUCCGCGUCUCUGCCAGCAACAGCUCUGGAGAUGGACCUUUCAGCUCUAUUUUCGAAGUCACAACUCCCCGAUGUCCUCCUCCGAAUAUCCGUCGCGCUCCUGUGGUAGCUACGAAUGUAGAAAAUCGCUCGGCUACGAUCUCUUGGACGAUGGAGAGCAACUUGGUAGACUUGAAAUACCGUGUCGAGCUUCUCCGAGGGGAUGAAACACUCAGAUCGCUGACGACGACAAAACAAGAGCUCAAGAUUGAGAAUCUGGACACAAAUAUUAAUUACGCGGUGCGGGUUCAAUCCCAACGUGAUGGUCAAUGGGCAGAGUGCUCGCCUGAGAAGUCCUUCUGCCUCGUCUUCAAGGAAGUCAAAGAAGUCAAGGAGACGAAGAAGUCGACGCCUUCAAUGAAAAAGAUCUUUGAAGAAGAUUCAAUCACCGCGCUGCUGGUAUUUGCGUUUGCUAUUGUUGCCGUCCUAAUCGCCCUGUGCGGUCACCACUGGCAGACAAGCUGA